AUGAUGAUGAACAACAACUCGUCAACAAAAUCCGAUUCCGAAGUUAUCACACGAAUAACUCUCCCGGAUCAACUCAUAGCAGACCAGAUUCUAUCAAGACUUCCGGUAAAACCCCUCAUUCGCUUCAAAUGUGUUUCCCAUGGUUGGCUUUCUAUAAUCUCGAGUCGCGAAUUCGCAAAAACCCACCUCCAAUUCUCGCUUUCAAAACCUCAAUGUCUCAUUCUAUCUGAUAUGUUUGAUAGAAAUAACUCGUACGGCCAUUGUUUAACCUUUGAUAAAGACUACAAUGUCACCGAUUUUGUUAGUUUGGAAAAUAAAUAUCCCGCUUUCGGGGCUACUAGCAGUCGUCCACAUACUAAUAGUGUGGUUGACAUUGCUAAUGGCCUAGUGUGUUUGUACGACAGGCGGAUUUUGAGUUUUCAUGUAUGGAACCCUGCGACGAACCAAUACCGUUCUACUGGCAGUCCUGUCCCCGGCUAUCAUCCGGGGGAGAAUACAAUGGUUUUGGGUCUCGGGUUUGGUUUUAUAUCAUCUAUUAAUGAUUAUAGGAUAGGAUUCUAUUGGGCAGCCUUACUUCAUCCGGAUGAAGUAAACCGAAGUGAGGUUAAGGAUCCUGUGGAAUACUAUAUAGGUGGAUUGAAUUUAGCGAAUGGAAAAUUGAAGAGAGUCCAAUUAAUGGAUUUGCGCAAUAAAGAUUAUAGCAUUUUUAAGGUGUUUCAGAUGAACGGGUGCUUGACAUUGGGUUGCAUCGAGUAUCAUAAUGAUAGAUUUGGGCUUAAGAGUUGCGAGUUUUGGAUGUUAAAGCAACAUGAUGACCCGAGACCUUGGGUGAAAUUGUUCUUCUUCUAUUCUAAUGGGUCAGAUCUGCUACACUUAUUUGAAUCGGGAAAAUGUUUGGUAAGUACGUUUGAUUAUGAGAUGGAUGGGCUUCUGUUACAUGAUCCGAGUCAGGAAGAUGCUGCUGAAGAAGCUACUGUUGUUUGGAGAGGAGAGGAGGAAGGACAAUUCUUCUACCAUUUUAAAGGACAUGCGAUGAAUUAUGUUGAGAGCCUCGUUUCGCCUUUUGGAACAAACGUGUUUGAUCAGGAUGGAGAUGCUCAUUAG